AUGAGACAGAGCGGCGCCUCCCAGCCUCUGCUGCUGAACAUGUACCUGCCAGAUUCGGUUGGGGAGAGUCUUUUCAAGGAAGGCAAGAGUGGCUGGGGGCCGCUGAGCCCCGCAGUGCAGAAAGGCAGCGGCCAGAUCCAGCUGUGGCAGUUCCUGCUGGAGCUGCUCGCGGACCGGGCGAACGCGGGCUGCAUCGCGUGGGAGGGCGGCCACGGUGAGUUCAAGCUGACCGACCCGGACGAGGUGGCAAGGCGCUGGGGAGAGCGCAAGAGCAAGCCUAACAUGAAUUACGACAAGCUGAGCCGGGCGCUGCGCUACUACUACGACAAGAACAUCAUGAGCAAAGUUCACGGAAAGCGCUACGCUUACCGCUUCGACUUCCAGGGCCUGGCCCAAGCCUGCCAGCCCCCGCCGGCUCACGCGCACGCCCACGCCGCGGCCGCCGCGGCCGCCGCAGCUGCAGCAGCCCACGACGGUGCGCUCUACAAGCUGCCCGCAGCCCUGGCGCCUUUGCCCUUUCCCGGCCUCUCCAAACUCAACCUCGUGACGGCUUCCGCCGGGGUGGCCCCCGCCAGCUUCUCCUAUUGGCCCGGCCCAGCCCCUGCAGCAGCGGCAACGGCGGCCGCUGCCGCUGCAGCUCUGUAUCCCAACCCUGGCCUCCAGCCUCCCCCUGGGCCCUUCGGGGCUGUGGCCACCGCCUCGCACCUCGGAGGAGUGGGGGGGCAUUAUCACUGA